AAAAUUUCUAAUGCCAUGCGGGAGAGGGGACAUACCAGGGACUCGUUACAGUGCCGAGUGAAAGUGAAAGAGCUCAGACAGGCGUAUCAGAAGACCAAAGCAGCAAAGGGCAGGUCAGGCUCUGCCCCCAAAACAUGCCGGUUCUACGACGAGCUUAACGCAAUAUUGGGGAACAGCGCAACGACGAACCCCCCCUUGUCUGUUGAUUCAGAGGUGGGCAUCGUGAUUCCUGCAACUACGGAAGAUUUAUUUGAUGGCGAUGAUCAGUAUUAUGAGGACCAAGAGGAGGAGGCUCCAGCAGAGAGCACAGAGCAUUUUAUCCCCCCAAACAGCCAGGAUCUUUUCCUCACCCUUACUGAGGUUCCCUGCCAGCCAUCUCAAGGCAGUACUCCAGAAAAUGAAGCUGAGGGACCGUCCUCUGCUGCACAUUUCUCCAGCCUCCCUCUCGCUUCUCCUCUACGUGGGGGGGGUAUCAUAAGAAGACUGAGGAAAAGGAGGACGCGUGAGGACAUGUUCACCGAAAUUAUGGCAGUAACCCGUACAGAGAGAGCUCAGCAGGGGGACUGGAAACAAUUGGUCGCAAAGUACAGGGAGGCUGCCAGUCAACGCGAAGACAGGAGGGACCAACGCGAAGACAGGAGGGACGCCAAAAAUGAUGUCAGGUGGCAGGAAGAUCAGCGCUGGCGAGCAGCAACUCUGGAUCUUCUUCGUGAUCAGACUGACAUCCUCCGCGAUAUGCUGCAAGAGCUCCGUGGUUUCAGAAUGCCCCUACAGCCCGUGUAUAACCUCCCUCAGUACUCACCCUGUCCCACACCUUCCAGAACCAGGCGUGUAAGAACGCGUGGGGGAAGGCUCUCUGCACCAGCCCCCUCCACCGCUGCGGACACUCCAAGCAGAAGGCUUUCAUUAAAUUGAAAAGCCCUUUGUGUCCUGUUUUUUCCCUCCUCUAAUGAUCCAAACUUCUCCCAUGGCACCUUUGCCUAUUUUUACUCUCAGGUCAUGCUAUUAAGGCAGUGUGACUGUAGUUUGGUAAUGAAGUAAAGCAAGCAGCUUUGGAAAGCUGCACGGAAGCUAGUUAUCAGCAUCAGGAUUUGACAAUUGGGGAUAUGGGUAAUAAAGGGAAAACAAAGAAAGCAGUCAUACCGUAACCUGGUCC